AUGGCCUGCAAACAUUUAUUUGUAAUAGAUGUCCAGACUGGUCAAAUUACCAAGAUUCCUAUUCUGAAAGAUCGUGAACCUGGCAUGGUGAACCAUCAGGGAUGUGGUAUUCAUGCCAUUGAGCUCAACCCCUCAAGGACCUUUCUGGCCACAGGUGGAGACAACCCCAACAGUCUUGCAAUUUAUCAUCUGCCUACACUUGAUCCUGUGUGUGUGGGAGAUGAUGGACAUAAGGACUGGAUAUUUUCAAUUGCGUGGAUAAGUGAUACUAUGGCUGUUUCUGGUUCCCGGGAUGGUUCGAUGGGUCUCUGGGAAGUCACAGAGGAUGUAUUGUCCAAAAGUGAUGCCAGGCAUUAUUGCUCUCAAGUUCCUGUCUAUGCCCACAUAACACACAGGACUCUGAAGGAUAUUCCUAAGGAGAACACCAAUCCUGACAACUGCAAAGUCCGAGCAUUGGCUUUCAACAAUAAGAACAAGGAGCUGGGAGCUGUGUCCUUGGAUGGGUAUUUUCAUCUUUGGAAAGCAGAGCACACACUGUCAAAGUUACUUUCCACAAAGUUGCCAUACUGCAGGGAGAAUGUGUGUUUGGCUUAUGGUCAGGAGUGGUCAGUGUAUGCAGUAGGAUCACAGGCACAUGUCUCCUUUUUGGAUCCAAGGCAGCCUUCUCACAAUAUUAAAUCCGUCUGUUCCAAAGAACGAGGCAGUGGUAUUCGAUCCGUGAGCUUCUAUGAGCACAUUAUCACAGUGGGAACGGGGCAAGGUUCCCUACUGUUUUAUGAUAUCCGAGCCCAGAGGUUUCUGGAUGAAAAGCUCCCACAUGCCUGCUAUGGACAGAAGCAGAAAUUAGGAGGAAGUGAAAUUUUAAAGUUGACUACUGGGAAAGGUUGGCUGAAUCACGAUGAAACCUGGAGAAAUUAUUUUUCUGACAUACAUUUCUUCCCAAAUGCUGUUUAUACCCACUGCUACGACUCAUCUGGAACAAAACUCUUUGUGGCAGGAGGCCCCCUUCCAUCAGGACUUCAUGGGAAUUAUGCUGGUCUUUGGAGCUAAUGAUAACUCUUCAUAAAUGCUGAUUGUGACACAGAUUUCCACUUUUCUUUACCAUUUUAAAAACAAAAUUGUGUGAUGCCAUUGACUUCUGGUUUAAAUGCAAGUUAUUUUUUGGCAGUAUUUUCUCUUGGUCUCCAACAGUCUUGUACAUCUUUUUGAACCAUUAUUUUUGCUUUAACUUCCUUGAUCUUUUAUAUGAAGGGUUUUUUAAAUCCUUUUUUUUAUUGUAUUUACUCCAAAUGACUCUUCCCCCACAUUUAGGCUGUCUUGGCCAUGUGCCUCCUCCUCUUUGCUGUGACGUAGGAUUCCUUUCUUAUAGCGUGGCUGCUUCUGGACUUUCUGUGAAAGUCAAGGGGCUGUGUGUCUUCAGAUAUUUUGUGUCAGUUCCAUUACCUGGAGUGAGGACUACUUGUAAUUUAAAAAUAUUUAAAAAUAUUUGUAAGAGAUAAAGUAGUGUCUUAUCUGUAGAGCCUGGCCCUAGUCUGGGUUAAUCUUAUUUUUUAAAAGUACAAGUCUAAUGACACUGUUUAUACAUAAAGGAGUAUGGUUAUUUUAAUAUGUACUCAUUGGAGCCCAGGGACAUAUUCCCCUGGGGUAUUGCCCAUCAAGCCCAAAGUGCGGGAGUUUUAAAAAAUGCAUUUGUAUUUGAAUUGUAGUUUUCAGCAGUGCCAAAAGAAAAUUUAUCCACUGUUUCUUUUCUGCUUCUCACAGGUAUCAGCUUGCACUACUGGAGUUUGUAUAGGCUGUUCUAUGGUGUGGCUAUUGCAGGAUGACAUUAUAUUGAGGGCCUGCAGAGGUGCUGAGAAGAAAUGGGGGCAAGGGACAUGAGUGUUCUUGUCCUUCAAAAUGAACUAAAUUGAUCAAUUUUCCAGAUGAGUCAAGAUUCCUUAGUAUGCUGCUGUGGUAGCUCUUGGGUUCUUCAUAAACUGCCUAAAACCCAGGACCUCUUUUUGUCCCAGGUUGUGGAAACUUUUUCCAUUUUAGCUGUUCUGGUUGGCCAUCGCCUCUAAUAUGCCAAUGGAAUAAAUAAACUGCGGUUUUUUUC